AUGUCUGAGAUAACUUUAGGAAGAUAUCUCUUUGAAAGGUUACAUCAACUUGAAGUUGAUACUAUCUUUGGAUUACCAGGUGAUUUCAAUCUAUCAUUAUUAGAUAAAGUAUAUGAAGUACCUAAAAUGAGGUGGGCAGGUAAUGCCAAUGAAUUGAAUGCAGCUUAUGCUGCUGAUGGAUAUAGUAGAAUCAAAGGUUUAGCAUGUUUGGUCACUACUUUUGGAGUUGGAGAAUUAUCAGCUCUUAAUGGGGUAGGAGGAGCUUAUGCUGAACAUGUUGGAUUAUUACAUGUGGUUGGAGUUCCAUCCAUUGCAUCUCAAGCUAAACAAUUAUUAUUACAUCAUACGUUAGGGAAUGGAGAUUUCACUGUAUUUCAUAGAAUGUCAAAUAAUAUAAGUCAAACUACUGCUUUCAUAUCCGAUAUUACUACUGCUCCACAGGAAAUUGAUAGAUGUAUUAGAGAAGCUUAUAUUUAUCAAAGACCAGUUUAUAUUGGUUUACCGGCAAAUUUAGUGGAUUUAAAAGUCCCAGCUAAUUUAUUAAGUCAAUCGAUCGAUUUAUCAUUAAAACCAAAUGAACCAGAAGCUCAAGAAGAAGUGAUUGAAUUGAUUCAAAAAUUAAUCUCAAGUUCAUCAAAUCCAAUCAUAUUAGUUGAUGCUUGUGCUUCAAGACAUAAUUGUAAAUUUGAAGUUGAACAAUUAGUUAAUAAAACUCAAUUCCCUAUUUUCACUACUCCAAUGGGGAAAUCAACAUUCAAUGAAUCUCAUCCUCGAUUUGGUGGGGUUUAUGUUGGAAGUUUAAGUCAACCUGAAGUUAAACAAUUUGUGGAAAAUAGUGAUUUGGUUAUUUCAAUUGGAGCCUUAUUAAGUGAUUUUAAUACUGGUUCCUUUUCUUAUAGUUAUAAAACUAAAAAUAUAGUGGAAUUCCAUUCGGAUUAUACUAAAAUCAAACAAGCUACUUUCCCUGGUAUUCAAAUGAAAGAAGUUUUACAGGAAUUAUUAAAAGUGGUUAAGGUUCCUAAUAAAUAUAUCCCAACUCCUAUUCCAAUCAUUAAACAAUUGGAUAUAAAUAAAUUCGAACCAAACAGUCCAUUAACUCAAGAAUAUCUUUGGACAAAAGUUUCAUCCUGGUUUGAAGAAGGGGAUAUUAUCGUUACUGAAACAGGUACAUCAGCAUUUGGGAUUAUUCAAUCUAAAUUCCCAAAUAAUACCAUUGGAAUAUCUCAAGUAUUAUGGGGUUCGAUUGGAUUCACGGUAGGAGCCACGGUUGGAGCAGCUAUGGCAGCUCAAGAAAUGAAUCCUAAUAAAAGAGUGAUUUUAUUUGUGGGUGAUGGAUCCUUACAAUUAACGGUUCAAGAAAUUUCAACCUUAUGUAAAUGGGAAUGUAAUAAUACUUGGUUAUAUGUAUUGAAUAAUGAUGGAUAUACCAUUGAAAGAUUGAUUCAUGGGAUGAAUGCUACUUAUAAUGAUAUUCAACCUUGGAAGAAUCUUGGUAUAUUACCAUUAUUUAAUGCUAAAGAAUAUGAAGCAAUUAGAACAUCAACAGUUGGAGAAUUAAAUCGAUUAUUUGAUGAUGUUUCAUUUAAAAUCCCCAAUAAAAUCAGAAUGAUUGAAGUUAUGUUACCUACUAUGGAUGCCCCACCAAAUUUAAUUGCUCAAGCAAAGUUUUCACUGGAAGCCAAUGAGAAUUAA